AUGGUAACUCGGGUGACCCUGACGAACCCUCCACAUACCGUGCUAGCCGGUCAACCCACCAACUUUACCUGUGUGCCCUGGGCCAGUAAACCUCAGGCCUGUGUAAGGUCAUACAUACGGAGAUCCGGUAAUGUCCGGGAAAUAGACCCACGUGACUGUAACCGGAACUCCAGCUCGGUGCAGACCACAACCCGGACAUUUACAUUUACUGCUACGGCCGAGGAGAACGGAGCUGAACUGUACUGUGACGCCUCCAACAGUGUGACGGAUCCUCCUGUACGCUCACAAGUCUACACACUCAAUGUACAGUAUCCUCCACAGAUUGGCGUCAGCGUGUCAGGCUAUGUUAACAACACAGCCGUGGAGUCUGGACAACAAGUGACCUUGACCUGCCAGGUGGGAAAGGGGAAUCCCCAAACAACACUCGCCUGGUCUUCGGGGUGUGGUCAGACAAACACAGUCCCUGGUAACGAUGGAAGCCAGCAGAUCAAUAGCAGUAUAACCGUCGGUCCGUCCCAGAACCAGAAGACGUGUGUGUGUAAGGGGAGUCAAAACGGGACGUUAUCAAGAUGGACAGGGCAGAAAAGCAUAACAUUCAAUGUGUUGUUCGGGCCUGACAGUAUACAGCUCCGAGCAGAUUCCGGACAAUCGGGAAACACAGUCACAGUCACAGAAAACACCAACGUGACAUUUACAUGUAACGCCAGUGAAUCCAAUCCUGCUGCCGUCCUCUCCUGGAAAAACAACAGCAGUCCUAUAUCAGCAGCAGAGAUAUCAGAGGUCAGCUCACCGCCAGGGCACAAUCACGGUUGCCUGACAACACAAAGGUACAAAGUGAGGGUUGAUCGAUUACAGGAUGGUGACGUCAUCAGAUGUGGAGCUCGGAGAUCUGGUAUUCGAAGCAGUAAACGUGUAUCUUCCAACCUAACAUUGGAUGUCAGGUACGAGCCCAUGUUUACCAGCUGUAAUACAUCGUACAUUUUCGUGGAAAAUGUCACAGCUGAGCUCUCCUGUACUACCUGGGCUAAGCCUGAGCCCACGAUAAGCUGGAGUCGCGGAGCUCAGCCGAGUAACGUGAGCGUGACAAAUCACAGAUAUACGUCUGUGGUCAGGUUCAGCAAGAUCAGCAGGACUGACUCUGGAAUCUACACCGUGACAGCUAACAAUAGUGUGGGGAGAGGAGCAGAGAGGACAGUCAAUGUCACUGUGUACUAUGCCCCGAAUGUUUCUGUGGUUCUGGUGUCAGAAGAAAAUGUCACAGAAGGAAACCCUCUGCAGUUGGAAUGUCGUGCUGAAGCUGCUCCACAAAACUACACCUACUCUUCCUGGAGUCGCACCAUUGGAGACCAUCUUUUACCACUGACAAACAACAGCCAUGAGAAAUCUCUGUCCCUAAGCAAUGUAACCUUCAGAGAUCUGGGUGUAUACCGGUGUGGAGCUAGUAACGGGUUUGGAGACGUUCAGUGGGGACAACUGGAAAUUAAGGUUCGAGCUCGACCACAGUUCCCCGAACAAAUCAACCGACAGGCAGCAGCCCUUGGUGAAAGUAUCAAACUGAUGUUUAAGUUUGUGUCUUAUCCAGCCUAUGUGAGCCUCACGUGGUACAAAGUUAUCAAUGGUACAGCUGAAAAACUAACCGUCUCUAACUCAUCCGGGAGCAAAUACCGAAGUCGCGUGACGGAUGCUAACCACGAGUUUCUGUUUAACAAGGCCAAAGUCCAGCUUUCAGGUCACGUGGCGGAACUAGAAAUCUCUGACGUUAAACGUGAUGAUUUUGGGGAAUACAAAUUUGUUGCUGAAAAUGACGUGGGAUCUUCUGAGACCAUCAUAUCUUUAAACUUAAGAGACUUCCUUCAAACAAAAGAACAAAAGAACCCCGGUGCCUUAACCGUCUUCCUGGCAGGCGGCCUCCCUGGAGCUAUCGUUUUACUGGCAGUUGUGCUUCUAGUUGUGGUCAUCUUCCGAAGGCGAAAGCAAGGUAGCCAGUCUUCAGGAAAAACAGAACAGAUGAGAACGAACGACGUAUCAAAUGGUGUGCCAUCAACCAGACAUUAUGAAAACGUUCCAGGUAGCCGUUCCUCUGGAGAAACAGAGCAGAUGAGACCGGAUGAGGUAUCAAAUGGUGAGCAAUCAACCAGACAUUACGAAAACGUUCCAGGUAUUGGGUUUCCAACAAACGAACAAACUACCAGAGCCUACGAAAAGGUGGAUCUGAUGCCCAACUCAGAAGAAGCAGCACGGGUCUAUUCAGAAUUAAAUACAGCAAGGAAAACCAGCAAAGCUGCAAAAGGCAAAAUUUCUGUGAACACCUUUGCCAAUGCGGCUUUUGCUGGGGAUGAAGUGAUGUAUUAUAACUCCGGACAUGAUGACCGUUUGGAAACUGCAGACCAGACCAGAUGAAAGGUCCCCGUGUACUGGUGUACGUAGACGUGAAGUUCGUAGACGCGAAAUCCAUCAUACAC